AUGGAUAAGAGCUGGAUGAAAAAACCUAGGCAUUCAAAAGAGUAUGUACAAGGGAUUAACCACUUUUUGAAGUUUGCAUCCAAAGUAAAGACUUCGGAUGGGAUGAUUUCAUGUCCUUGUGAAAAUUGUGUGAAUUCAACUAUGCUUGCUGUCAACACUGUACGAGAUCACUUGGUAUCUUUUGGAUUUUGUAAUGGUUAUGAAUGUUGGUUCUUCCAUGGAGAACCCUUGACUACUGCUACAACUUCUUGUGAAACUAGUACAAGUCAUGUCCAAGAGAACUUGAAUGCACAAGAAUUCUUGAAUUCACAAGACAUUUCCACUGAAUAUGGUGAUAUACCUAAUAUGAUGCAUGAUUUGUUGCGUGGCCACAUAAUGAAUGAAUCUGGAGAUAAUAAUAAUUCUUCAGAACCACCAGAAGAAGUCCCAAAUGAGCAACAAUCUAGGCAAGGUCCUAAUCAAGAUGCACAAAGGUUUUACAGUUUAUUUAAAGAUGCUGAUCAACAUUUGUAUGAAGGGUGCAAGAAUUUUAGCAAGUUGUCUGCCAUUGUGCUUUUAUAUCAGUUAAAGUGUCUUAAUGGCUGGAGCAAUAAGUCUUUUACAAUGUUGCUCCAAAUUUUGAAAGAUAUGCUUCCUUUGGAUGCGAAGUUACUGAAAGACACAUAUGAGGCUAAGAAAAUUAUUAAGGAUUUAGGACUUGGUUAUGAGAAGAUUGAUGCAUGUAUAAAUGAUUGUAUGUUAUUUUGGAAAGAGAAUGCCAAUGAUGAAGAGUGUAAAGUCUGUCAUACUUCUAGGUGGGCAACAAAUGAGAAUGAUAAGAAGAAUAGUGGAAAUGAUAAGGAGAAUAAUGGGAAAGGUAAGGAGAAUAGUAGGAAAGAUAAGGAUAAUUUGACGAAUGCUUCACUCAAGACAAGAAAGAAAAAAGCUGCUAAGGUUUUGCGUUGGUUUCCUUUAAAGCCAAGACUACAAAGGUUGUUUAUGUCUCCUAAAACAGCUUCUUCAAUGAAAUGGCAUGUUAAGGGUCGCACAAAUGAUGGAAUAAUGAGACAUCCCGCCGAUUCUCUUGCUUGGAAAACAUUUGACAAUCAUUAUGUAGAUUUCUCAUCUGACCCUCGCAAUGUUAGACUUAGAUUAGCAGCUGACGGAUUUAAUCCUUUUGGGAAUAUGAGUACUAGUCAUAGUACAUGGCCGGUUGUUUUGAUUCCAUACAAUCUACCUCCUUGGAUGUGCAUGAAAAGAUCUUCUUUCAUGUUAUCCUUGCUUAUACCUGGGCCAAGUUCACCUUUAAAUGAUAUAGAUGUGUAUUUACAACCUUUAAUAGAAGAAUUGAAGGAAUUGUGGGAUGAUGGAAUAUCAACUUACGACGUGUCUUCUAAUGAGAAUUUCAAGAUGCAUGCAGCUUUGAUGUGGACGAUAAAUGAUUUUCCUGCAUAUGGUGAUUUAUCUGGUUGGAGCACUAAAGGGGCCUUUGCAUGUCCUUCUUGUAAUUUAAAUACUCGAUCUCAGUGGUUAAAAUAUGGAGGGAAAUAUUGUUAUAUGGGUCAUCGACGAUUCUUGGAAGAAGAUCACAGUUUCUGUAAAGAUAGAAAAUUUUUUGAUGGGACUGAUGAAAUGGAAAAAACUCCUGUUAUACCAUCUGGCAUUGACAUCAUGGUGCAAACUGAAGGCAUUAAUUGUAUUUUUGGGAAGAAAAAGACCAAAGUCCAAAAAAGAAAAAGAAAGAGAAAGGAAGACGUAGACCAAGAACCAAAAGGAUGGAAGAAGAGAAGUAUAUUUUUUGAAUUGCCUUAUUGGGAGAAUCACAUGUUGCGGCAUAAUCUUGAUGUGAUGCAUAUAGAAAAAAAUGUUACAGAUAAUGUACUUGGCACAGUGCUAGAAUUGCCACGCAAGACUAAGGAUAACUUGAAGACACGUCUUGACCUAAAAGAUAUGGGUAUAAGACAUACACUUCACCCAGAAAAAAGAGGAGAUGAUAAGACAUAUAUGCCACGAUCUUGUUUUACAAUGGUUCCAAAAGAAAAGGAUAGUUUCUUGAGAGUUUUGAAGAAAAUAAGAGUUCCAGAUGGCUAUGCUUCAAACAUUUCACGUUGUAUCCAACUUAAACAACGCAAAAUUUCUGGUUUGAAGAGUCAUGAUAGUCACAUUAUAAUGCAACAACUUCUUCCAAUAGCAAUAAGAGGAGCUUUACCAAAGAAAGUCAGUAUGGCUUUAAUAGAUUUAUCUUGUUACUUCAGAGAAGUAUGUUCCAAAGUCCUACAAGUAGAAGAUCUUGAGAAACUUGAGUCUCGAAUUGCAAUGACAUUAUGUGAAUUGGAAAAAAUAUUCCCUCCUUCUUUCUUUACUAUCAUGGUUCAUUUAGUCAUCCAUUUGGCCACUGAAGCAAAAAUUGUUGGACCAGUCCAUUACCGGUGGAUGUAUCCCAUUGAGAGGUAUCUCUUAAGACUUAAGUCUUAUGUGCGUAAUAGAGCUCAUCCAGAGGCCUCUAUUGCUGAAGGAUACAUUGCAGAAGAGUGCUUAAUAUUCUGCUCGCGAUAUUUGGAAUCCGUUGAGACAGUAUUCAAUAGACCCAUUCGAAAUGUUGAUGAUGCUACAGGAGCAAUGUCGAAUAUUCAACUUGAUUCAACUGAAUGGGUACAAGCACAUCGUUAUGUUCUAUUCAAUAGCAAUGAAAUUAUUCCAUUUCGCGAGUAA